AUGUUUUACCAAUUGCACAAUAAUGAAUAUCUUCUUAAUGCUGAUGGCUAUAAUUUAGAUGAUUAUAAAAGGAUAACUAUCGAAGCAUCUCCAGUUUAUGAGAUCGAUGAUUCCAAAGGUCAUUACAAAUGCCAAAAGAUAGGGGAUAAGGACGAAAAAAACCAGGAUGAUGAAGAUAGUGACUCGUGGGCUCCAUCAAGUCCAACACCACUUCAAUCACCACAGUUAUCAAAAAAAUCUUUAAUGUUUCAAACUUCUUAUCUAAGACCACGCUUUAUACUCAAAAGUGGUGUGAAUGUAAAAAAUCUUCUGGGUGGCGUACCUCACAAUAGUUUCUGGAAUGGGAAUCAUCUCAUUCUUAAUAGAGACGAUGAUUGGCUUUUAAAUUAUAUGAAAGUGAAAGAUUUCGAGAAGUUAGUGGAAAUUUGUUAUUCUCAUGGUGCUGUGGAACCAUCGACGGAAUUAAAAAACAUGUUCAAAAAAUUAACGAAUAAUCAGACAGUACGAUCAUUAAGAGAAAUGCAAUUAUCAAUGCAACAACAGUUAAAUCUUGAUGACCUACUUUUUUAUCAAAAGAAAUGGAUCUUGUCAACUGUUGAUAACUGGCUAGAUUAUAUAGAGUUAUCUUCAAAGAAUCCCUUAAUCAAAAUAAAUAGCGAAACUGGUUCAUCCUCUGAGAGUUCAUCAUUUGCAUUGCAUACAGUUGACACAAAUUUACAUGAAAAACAGCUAGAUAUUUACUUUCGCGAUGAUAUUCUCAAGAUUGAACCUGGAAAUGUUGAGAUUGCUAAAGAUAGUAUAGUAAAAGAUACAGAUAAAUACAAUCUAAACACAAAUAAGAGCUUUCGGGAAAAUAUCUAUGAAAUCUAUUAUACAUAUGAUAAUCUUCCCACUUCAAAGAAGGAGAAGAUUUUUGAGAUGGAUUUUAUGGCCUUUGUGAUAUCUGACAAUCAUAUAGAUACGUAUGUUACUAGAUUGGUCGAUUACCAACUUUAUAUCUCUACCAAGGUUUAUAAUAUGAUGUAUUCUAAAGAAUUUGUUGUGAAUGAGCUGAUUGGUUGCAUGAAUAGGGUAUUAAAAAUAGUUUUGCGAAUGAAUCAAACUGUGGAAAUUAUACGCAAAGCCAAAGUGAAUGAUUCAGAUCCGUUGAUUGAUUCACCAAAAAAGUUCAAAUAUUUUUGCGAUCCUCGUAUCUUACCUCCCACAAUCUCUGAAACUACUACUAAAAAAUCAGGUGAUAGGAAGAAAAACAUUAAGAAAAAUACUACUAAGAAAAAUACUAA